GCAGUCUGUUUGAUCAGUUUCCUUUUUUAUGUUGAAUAGGUUCGUGAAAUGAUAAGCGACUUCAAGAAAACUUUGAUUCAGUCAUUGUCAUCGAAAUCAUGGCCUAGUGAAGAAGACAGAAGUGGCGUUCUUAAAUCGGUUGAGAACAUUAGUGUGUCAACAGAGAACUUAGAUAGAUUCCUUGGAGAUACCAUCGUACCACCGUCGGAUAGAAUUGAAAAAAAUAUGUCGGAAGGUAACUACUUCAUGAAUGUCUACAAUUCUCAAAAAACAAACUACCUUGAUUCAAUAUACAGAGUCUCAGUCAUAAACGUUCA